CGAAGACCCGCCAACAUGGGCCGCAUUCGCACCAAGACUGUGAAGAAGGUGGCCCUGGUCAUCAUCGAGAAGUACUACAUGUGCCUGGGUAAUGACUUCCACACCAAUAAGCUCUUGUGUGAGGAGAUCACCAUCAUCCCCAGCAAGAAACUUCUAAACAAGAUCGCCGGCUAUGUCACGCAUCUGAUGAAGCAGAUUCAGAGAGGUCCUGCAAGAGGUAUCUCUAUCAAGUUGCAGGAAGAAGAAAGAGAGAGGAGAGAUAAUUAUGUUCCUGAGGUCUCAGUCCUAGAUCAGGCGAUCAUUGAGGUAGAUCCUGACACCAAGGAAAUGCUGAAGCUUCUGGACUUUGGCAGUCUCUCUAACCUUCAGGUCACUCAGCCUACAGUUGGGAUGAGUUUCAAAACACCAUGUGGAGCUGUUUAAUCUGUUAUGCCAUAUUUUCAAUAAAC